UUACUAUUGCAAUAAUUUCCAGCUUCUUACAGGAAACUGUUAAAGAAUGGAAGUGAAGGACUGUUCCACAGCUGUCAGGGAAAACCAAUUGGUUGCCAAUCUUUCCUCCAACUUGCCUUAUUUGCAGAUUUUUUCAUGUCAUUUAUUACAAACCCAAGUAUUUUCAGUGGCCUUAAACUGUCAAAUGCUCAGAGAAAAGUCAAAUCUGACCUAGAAUGUAUAAGAAAAUCGAAACUAUUCCAAAGAAAACGGAUAGUUCCUGAGAGGAGAAGGUUGGGACUUGUCGCCUGUGGGACUGAAGAAGAUCGCACUCAUCAACGUUCCCAGUGGGGAGGUGAAGACUCAGACUAUUUCGGAAGGGAUCCACGAAAGGAAACAGAGUUCUGGAUGGAGCACGCAAAGGAAGUGUUGGAAAGCAAGGAGGUUGCCGAUGCUGUAGAAGCACAUAAAAAGAGUGGAAGUUCAAAUCUGACUGAGGAACAGAAGGCCUGGUUAGAGUUUGCAAGAAGCAUUACGCCUAAACCUGAAGACGAAGAAUAAGAAGGUUAUAACUCUGAAUUGAUAAGGGAAGUGGGAUGAGUCUAUUAAAAGCUGUAAAUUGGUAUUUUCUAAUACUGCAAAGAGAAUUGGGUAACAAGUUGGGUUCAGCUUGAUAAAAUGUAUCGUCGUUGUUUCGUUUGCUUGA